CACCCUGUAUAUAGAGAAAAAAUAAAACAACAAACCAAAACCACUUUUAUUUCUCCAAACCAAACAAAUACAUAACAAGAAACUUCUAAAACCGACAGAUUCCCGGCAGCACCAGACCACCAUUCCGCGUGGGCUAUCGUAGAAGAUCUACCACACCAACACCACCAACACCCCCGACCAUCGAGAGCACCACUUCACCCACCAACCAGACACGAGCGACUAACAAACUGAAUCGCAGAAGAACCGCCGGGCUGACAACGAGGUACUCCGCCGCCAACACGACCACCUCCAAACCCGCCAUAGAAAGUCAAGAAUUCACCAGAACUCGCUCUCCAACCUCCUUAACAAACCGUUACAAUUCUAUGGCAAGAACAAGGAAACCAUAUGUGAGAACCUCGACGAAAACUCCCGUCAUAAGUAUCACUAAUCAAACACAGGAUUCGACAGAUCAACAGUAUAAGGAAGAUAAUUCCGCGAGAACAGAACUAACAGACAUAGCAACUGCGUUACAAAACGUCCAGCAAGCGCCGGUACCGCAAGCUAGACCGUCUCGUAAAAGACCCCAAGUGGUACGACCAAGUUCCCAGUACAGGAAAGUACCCGCCACAACAACAACAACAACGACACAACCUCCGCUUUCUUCAUCUUAUAAAACCACGUAUGUUCCGGUGACCACAAAGCAUAAAAGCAAGAAAACUGUUGCCAUCACUUUACCGUUUGCGAGAGGCAGUACUGUUGCUUUCGGUGGUUCCACAAUGGCCGAUCAAUUUGUGACUACUGCCGCACAGGGACUCAGUGCACAAGAGUAUUUAAAUAGAUAUACUUCACAAACACGUCCUGCUUACACCAGAUCCAGAUACUCUGGCACCACCGAAAUACCCAUCGUCUUAAUAACCCCCGGAUCAUCCACCACUAGACCAUCCACAAAAAGAAAACCCUUUAAAACAUUUGACAAAAUCGGGGCAAGAUCCGAAGACAAAGAGGUGUUGUACAAACUACAGUCGGACUAUGACUAUUAUGACAAUCUGGAGGCGAGCGUCAUUGGUAAAAUUCCAGAACACAGCAAAGUCCUUUUACACAGCGACGGCAUAAUCGAGUGUCUGGAUCAGGGCAAUUUCCCGCAUCCGAUUUCUUGUAAGAAAUUCAUUUCUUGUGCCAAAAUGGAUAACGACAAAAUUUUCGGGUGGGAGUACACGUGUCCCAAGAAUCUCAGUUUCGAUCCGAUUGGAGGAAUGUGCAAUUGGUCGGCCGGGUUAGGAUGUAACGAGGCAUAAUUUUUUUAUUCUUGUGAAUUUGUGACCAGAGAUUUUGUAUCGGAAGUAUUGGUAUUUUGUGGGUGUAUUGGUCAAUUGUUAAAGGAAACGUAUAUCGUAGUUAAUAAGUAGUCGUUCACAUAACAGGGAUAAAAACGUUGAUAAGAUUAAAAGGCGGUUACGUAGACGAGGGAUUACGAUUAAAAUCUGAUAAAAUUUAUAAAAUGACCAGAGAAAUUCACUACUAGAUGUAAAAACUGGUUUACUAAUACAAAUUUAAUACAGGUUUUUACACUUAAUACUGAAUUUCUCUGAUCUACCGGUUUGUUCUAUUUUAUCAGAUUUUAAUUGAAUCGGUGAGAAUAAGAACAGUACAAGUACAAAUAUUACAAUUUUGAGAAAACGAAAAAAACUCUCUGCUGAGUUAGUUAUUUUUGUUACGAAUUUCGUUUUUACAUACAAGUUUUAGUGCAUCAUUUCAUGAGACCUUUAACCCCUUCAGACCCGAUUUUUAAAAAAAAAAUUUUUUUGGUUGUUUCAAAGCUAGAAGGGUACAACAACGUAAAAACUGAAAAAAAAACUCAUUUUUUUUUAAUUUUAAAAAUAUUUAGUGUGCAGUAAAACGGGGUUACUUUGCACCAUUUUUUUUAGUUUUAUUUUAUUAGUUAGGAUGUAACGUCACUCGAAAGAAGAUCUGAACUUUUUAUUAUAAAUAUCAAUUGAGCAGGUUGUAAUAUAACUCUGAUUAUAGCUAUUUGUUACGUAUAUUGCCUAAUCAAGAGAACAACCUAGUUUUAUUAGUGGUGCAAAGUAUACCCCAAAAAAGUCAUACUUUGCAACACUCAAUAUUUUAUUAAUAUUUGGCUACUAAAUGCUUGCUGGUGCAUAGAAAACUCUUAUUAUUUUAAACUUUGCACCAAUUAAAUGCGAAAAAAUGUUCGUGAGCCAAGUUUUGUGAAUUUAAAUCUACCUACCUACAUAUAUUUAUGAAACAAGCAUAAAAAUAAAGAAAAUUGAUUUAAAUGAACAAACUUUAUUAUAACAUUAUAAUAGUAAAAAUACAACGUUUGAAACUAAUCCCACCACAAUUUGUCGCAUUCUGGUACAAUGUACAAUCCUCGUUUGGACAUUUUCUUGGGAGGGCUAAUGGCGCCAAUUACGUUGUCCCCCGAAUACCGUAUUUCAUCACGUCUUUCUGGCCAUUUCCAAAACUUUAUCGAUCUGGCCAUAGCAUUGAUCAUCGCUCCAUCGUUUUCUAUUGAUGUUAUCACUCCUGGAUAAACAUGAUCUUCAUAGGAAAAUAAAACGUACUCACCAACAACUUUUUUAACAUCAUCUAAUCCAGAGUUUUUGACUUUUUCGACAAUAUUUGUUCCAAGAGAACCUGAGACGAGUUUUUCAUUAAAUUCUUUUUCUUCUUCCAUCUCUUGCAUCUCAUUUAUUUUAUCAUCUGAUGAAUCCCUGCCUAGUGGAAAGUGGUCGUCCAAAACAAUGUCCUCCUCUAAAUCAUCUACGAUUUCUGGUUCAAUAGCUUGGAGAGGUGUGGAUGUAGUUGCUCCAGUUAGAUCUGUUAAACUAAUUUCAGAAUGGGCAAUACUGUAUCCUGCUGAAACCGUUAUUUUCUUCUUGCUACGUGGCUUAAACUGUGUGGCUUCCUUUCUUUUAUCUUCUAAAUACUGAAUGAAAGUGUUUUCGAUAUCCGACGAACUUGAUUUAUUUGUAGCAGUUGUCAUAUUAGAUUGCUUAGUUGUUGUUAACCGCUCCAAGAGGGGUGUUACACCGCAAGGGACGAUACCGCAUUUCCUAAAUCCCGACUUUAAUAUCUCAGCGCUUUUCUUUUGAAUUUUUUCCAUUAAUGAUCGUAAAAGCAUUGAAAAAUGCUGUUUCUCAAUUACAUUUGAUCUACUCCCUACAUGAGCUUCCUUAUAUUGAGAUAAAAUGUCUCUCCAGGCUCUUUUCAUGGGGGCAAAUAAUGCGACAUCUAGCGGUUGUGUAACGUGUGUGCUGUUCGGAGGCAAACAUACAAAAUUAAUGUCGUGUCUUCGACAUAAAUCGGGGACUUCAUCAUUAAUAUGAAAAGACAAAUUGUCUCCUAAAACGACCUUCUUUCCCUGAAUUUUUUUAAGCCUGGGCAAUAGAAGGGAGAGUGCUAAACCAAUUUGCAAAUGUCUGUGAUUCGAACCAACCAGAUGCAGUAUUUGCAUAACGCGUACCAGGGGGACUAUUCUCAGUCCAGGUGUCCCACAAAUGCUUGGAUUUGUACACCACAUAAGGAGGUAGAAGCUCAUCAGCUGCAUUUCCACAAAUCAUAAGAAAAAUGCUACUCUUUGAGGAAUUACAAAUUCGUUUGGGAUACUUAACACCACGUUUAGUUAAUAUCUUUUUUUGACCGAGGUCAUCGGUUAAGUUUGUCUCGUCAUAAUUAAAAAUAGCAUGCGGCUCUACAUCAGUUAAUGUUUGUUUUAGAUUUUCUAUGUAUUCAGUCAUUUGGUUUGCAUUGAGUGCUGCUCUACUUCUUUUUAUGUUCGAGGCUACCCUUGCAGUAAGGUCCUCAUGACGAGUUAAAAAUGAUUUGACCCAAUCAAUACCUAAGAGAGUAUUAUCCCUAAAACGAGUUAUUUUUUUUCCUUUGCGAUUUAAAUAGCUCUUGAUUAUUUGACGCAAUUCCAUUCCAAUAACAGGAAAACCAGAAUCACUAAGGCUAUGAAUGCAUUGUACGAAACAUCUUUCCUCUUCAUAAGAGAAUAUUGAUGGGUAUCCAGGUUUUCUAUGGUGUGUUCCUUUUAAUUUGUAAAAAAUUGUUCUCCUUGGAAUGUUAAAGGAUUCAGCGGCAACUCUUGUGCUCAUGCCAUCUUGUAUUGCUGACAAACAUGCCUUCAAAUCUUCUUCUGAGUAGUCUGCAUAUCUGCGAGAUCCCAGUUUCCUUUUAUAACGUCUGGGUAUUUUCUGAAAACCAUUUACCUAUGUAACUUUUAGUCUUGCGAAUGAAAAUAGUUUGGACGUGACAAGUAGGGGAUACUUUGCACCACUUGAGCGGUGCAAAGUAUACCCAAUGCCACGUGAUAAGUGCACAUGUAAACAAUGUUUUUUUUUUAUUGCUAUCCUUGUUUAAACCCGUUAUUUUAACAACUACAAAUCGCAAUCGGUUAUAGUAUAAGCCUUUAGACGUGUACUUACCAAUUUUUGUACUCUGGGACUUCAUAAAUAAAAUUAUAGAAUUUCUAGGUUAAUAUUCGAACGGUUGCUGAUAAACAACUGGCGACCAGGAAGAUAUUCGCGCGCGUGUUGGUGACGUACUGCGAUGUUGCAAUACGUCACCAACAAAAAAAUACUUACUUAUAAACUACAAAAUUAUGAGGAGGAUUACAGAAAAUAUGAUUUUACAUGUUCGGUGCAAAGUAACCCCGUUUUACGGUACAUUAGAGUGUACAUGUGGUCCAAAACACCAAAUAAAAGCGAAAAACCCUAAAAAAUUACUAAUAAUAAUAUGCAUACAAAUAAAAUUGUUUUUUUUUUUCUAGGAUUUAAAUUUUCUGAAACAAUUUCUUCAUUUCAUAAGGUUUCAUAACUAAUUUGCAUCUAGUUGCUUCUUUAGAUUCAUCAAACAGUGGAAGAUGAUCAACGUUGUCAAAUUAUAUUUCUGUUAAAGGUCGUUUUUCCCCUUGUGCAUAUGGUACAGGCGUUGAAGAUGAGGAAGACGGUCUCCCUCUUAUUACUAACACUAAUUGGUUCGCAAUAAUAAAUCAAGAUUUCAACAACAUGCAUUCUUCUAAAAGUUAAAAGAUCAAUAAUGUCUUUUUUGGGAAUUUUAGCCAGCUCACAAUCCUUCUUAUAUUCAAUCCAACUUGCUGCUACUGCAAAUUCUAUCAUAUGCAUUAUUACUCUCAAGUCCAUUAAUUUAUUUUAUCAGUAUAUUUUGGAAAAAAAACAUUUAAACAUUUUCCAUUUCCGCGUCAAAUUAUUGUCAUGAGGUCGUGACUGUUAGUGUCAUGACACUAAAGUCGCGACAUUGUCGUCACAUGAAAACGGGCCAUAAACUGCGGCCAUUUUUAGUUCUCCCUUGGUGUUUCGUAGUUUAGAAGCGUUCUUUCAAAAUGAUAAUCACAAACAUAGUACCGAUUAUAAAUUUGGUCCAUGGUUUAAUGAGGGAAAUCCAAAUAUUGUAAAUCUUCUGGUCAUUUUUUUGUAAACCGAUGCCUUUUACUGUCUCUAUUUACAUAGACAGCAACACAGCAUUUUUUGGAUGUGAUUGGGCACCAAAGGUAAACAUGAUGAUUUAUUAAAAAUAGAAAAAUUAAAUAGAGCGAACGAUAGUUUUAAGCAAGUGGGAGAAAAUAAAAAUGUUACCUAGAUUGCAUAUGCAAUUGCAUAUGCCUUGUAAAAUAGGAGUCCAAUAUAUCCAGGAUACAACACUUUACCGAUCUUUAUAGUCAAAACUUUAGUUUUCACCAUACAUUAGGCAAAACAAAACAAAAUUUGGACUUGUACUGUUCUUAUUUUCACCGAUUCAAUUGUAAUCCCUCCUUCACGUAACCGCUUUUUAUUAUUAUCAACGUUAUUAUCCCUUAAUUUAACGUGAGAGAACUAGGACUUCGAGCCCUGAAGAUCAAAUAAAUAUAAUUCGAAACGUUGGCGACAAACAAACAAAUAGUUUUCUUUAACCAAUACACUUACAAAAUAGCACUUCCAAUGCAUAGUUUUUUAUUUUUAAAUACGUAAUCGGUAUAUAGUGGGAUCGAAUUAAAAUAUUAUGUAAAAGUCGUAUGCAUUCUGGUUAGAUUUUCAGAUUAUUUACAUAAUUGAUCGUUUAAGGAAUAUUUCUACGAGAUAAUUGAAGGAAACAGUUUUGGAUAAGGGAAGAGCGAAUAAUGAACGGUUUUUGUACCUCAAAAACUUUGUGAUUUAUAGGCGAUUUUCGCUGUAAAGGUUCAAAUAUAAAUAUUAUCGAUAUUUAUAUCGGUAUGACUUAGGAAUUACCAUCAAACGGGGUGAAUCGGGACGACUAUUAGAUAUUUAUGUUAUAUUUUUUUAUACAACUGCCGAACAAAGUUAAAAUUUAGCAGAAAGUGACCGUAGUCCAUACAACAGCAGAAAUAUGUAUUCGAUUAUUUUUUAAUUUCCAUGGAUUAUAAAAAAAAUAAAUAAAUAUAGGCUGUCCCGAUUGACCCCGUUUUGGGGCGAAUCGGGACCAAAAAUUUAAAAAAAUUAUAUUUUUCAUAUAUUUUUAAGUAUAAAAACAAAAAAAAAAACUACAGUAAAAUACAAAAACAGUCUUUAUUUUACAGUUUUCAGUUACAAACUUAAAAAAACCACAUUAAAAAAAAUAUUUUCAGAAAUAAUAUAAUGAUGUUAGAUGGCAUAAGAUUUUAACUCCAAUUGUAAAGGAAAUUUGUAUCCUCCUCGUCGCAAUUCGGUUGGUUUAGGUAGUUUUUUAUUAAUUUGUUCCGGGGUAAUCAUGCAAAUAUCUUCCACUGUUGGAAAAAUAAAACAAUUUUUUAUUUUUCGGUUUGAUCUGAGAAAUUUAACUUUAAAACUUUUACCAAAGAGUCGAGAGAGAAAAUUUUUCCACUUUAUUUGUCUUAUACUUAACCUCGACAAAAUCGUCAGUGGCAAUGCUAUUUUCCAUUGGAUGCUGUACAUCAAAGCACUCGUCCAGUUCCAUUGCUUCAGAUUCUGCUUUAUCUGACUCAAGUUCGAAAAUGUCGUCCUCUUGAGAGUCUUGAGGCACUGUUGCCUUGCUUGGUGACGGUUGCGGUUGCGCUUCUAAAAAAUCUGUGGUAGAAAUGCUUUUGCCUGGCUCGACUGUAACUUUCCUUGCUACAGUAGGCUUGCAUGCAUUCCUGCUUUCGUUAAGCACUUCUAUCACAGAUUCCGUCCAGUCAUUAGGAUCAUCUUCUUCGAGGUUUCUUUCUGGUGGCAACCUUGUCAAAACUUGAUUUCUAUCGAUAGGAAUGAUUCCCGUGCUACGAAAACCGCUUUUAAUAUUUUGAGUUAGAGUUGCUACUAGUUUGCCUUAGUAGGCUUGGAAAAUACUCCUUCGGCAAAAAACCCUUGUAUUGUUUUUUCCAACCUUCUAGAGUUGACCUCCAAGCCUUUUUCAUGGGCCAAACACGGACACGUCAAGUGGCUGUGUUAAAUGGGUUGAAUUUGGCGGCAAAAAAGAAAACCGAAUAUUAUUUUCUUCGCAUUCAAUCAAUCAAUCAAAAGCAAUUCAAUCACCCUAUGCGACAAAUGACUACACAAAUUAUCGUUAAUGAUAACCCUUGGUGCCGGACGCCUCUUCAAGAAAAAAGUAGAGCUAUAGAAAUGAACCAGUCUUCAAACAAUGGCUGGUCGAACCAGCCACUUUUAUUUCGUCCAUACCGCGCACCUGGUGGCCCAUUUGUCAACCAGGUGUCGUAUAGAUGCUCGCUUUUAUGAGGACAACAACAAAUGAGGGUAAUAGAUGGCCAUCACCACGAAGUUAGACUAGAUGGGUAAUAGAUGGACAUCCAGAACGAUGAUUCGUUCUGGAUGCCUUGUUUUUCUUUUUACGAUGACCUUUUUCCGUCCGGGAUCAUCCACAACGCAUGUUUCAUCAUAAUUAAUGACGGACUCAGGUUCAACGUUUUGCAAGUUGGUUUGGAGAUUGUCGAAGUAUUUAUUUACUGUUUCCCGAGUCACGGCUGCACGAGACCGUUUGAUAUUCUCGCACAGUCUCUCAGUCAAAAAUUCUUUAUGUCGGACACAAAACAAAUUCGCCCAAUCAACACCGGGUAUAUUAUUUUUAAAUAUCGCCACUCUUACCGCUUUUCUAUCAAGAUAUCCCUUUACAAUGUCUCGAAUAUUAGUUUUCUCCAUUGGGUAUGCCCACUCUCCCGCCAGUACUAUUAAAUGGACCAGCCUGGAUUCCUCAGCUCCUGUCAAAAUUGUUUGACCACCUUGUUUCUUUGGCUUCUGCUUCGCAUGACGCUGUAAUGUCGAUUUUGGGAUGUUAUAUAACGCCUUUGCGUCUCGAAGAGUUAUCUGGCCUCUUUUGAACUGCCUCAAAGCCUUUUCUAGUUGUUAUUGACUAUAAUUCUGAUAGACCUUAGUCCCAGCCUUUUUUUGUAUUUCCGGCUCAUUGUCCCGAAUCACCCCUGAAAGCGAGUUUUUAUGUUUAAAAAUUAAUAAUAAAAAAACUAGGCAAAAUAAUUUAACAAAAGUCCACUCAACAUCUAGAAAAUACCCACAGGUAUACUAUAUUAACAAUUCAAUGCUCAAAUCUCCCAAUAAAUACCUUUUCCAAACAAAGUUAGCAGCAGAUUAGAAAACCUUAAAUUUCGCUCUAAUAUGUGGACACCUGUUCGCACUGGAAUGUUCCAAAUAACUAACGGCCACGCGUGAAGGUCAAACAGCUGUUGUAUCUACAACAGGUUUUUCAUAUUACGCAUCCUAAAAACAUUUUCUGCAUGCAUGAAAAUCACGUGUUUGUCAAAAAAUGUCAAACUGUCCCGAUUGACCCCCUGGUCCCGAUUCACCCCGUUUGACGGUAUUUAAAAUAUUUGCAAACAUUUUUUGCUUCUGAAUAAUAGUAAUAUUCUUAAAAUGAUUUUAAUCAAACAAAGGCCAUUUCUUCCCCAGCAGUUUCAUAUACGCACGAUUCUUGUACCACAAAUUACCUAAACCAGAUGCGAAUGUAAGCCUGGCGGCAUGAUCUGCGUUCCCCGCUAGUUUCGUCUGCUCAACGUCGGAUCGAAUAGUAUGGAAGCACAAUUAUUUUAGUUUCACGCUUGCUUCGGUACCCGUGACGCUGAGAAGUGGCAUAGUGCGAGCGCAAAUAUUUUUUUUAACUAUGACGAGUUAUAAGUGCCUAAGUAGAUGCUGUUCUUCUGUGAACACAGAAGUAACCUUUUUUGGUCUUCCAAGUGAUCCUUUUUCAACAAAUUUCUUAAAAUAUGGCGCGCAGCUCUCAUAAAACUAUAACAUUUUGUUUAUAGUAGAAGCUUUUGGUUUGCUGUUUAUCAAUUGCACUAAAAGUAUAAUAGAAAUACUAAUAUAAAAAAAAUAGUUAGUACAAUGCAAAAAAUAAAAACUCUUUAGAGUUACAGGUCGCUAACAUAUAUAUAUAAUAAAAGCAAACAAUAAGUCACAUUUCUCUUCAGCAAAAUGUCAAGUAUUUGUUUUUAUUCUGUUUGCUCCUCGGUUUACCCUGCCUUAUCAAGUCUUGUAAUAUUUAUUUUAUUUUUUCACUUUCACACAAAUAAAAAAUUGUUUUUAAAAGGAUAUUUUUUUAAAAUGUGUUUUGGAAAAUAAAUAUUUUUAAACCUUUUUUAAUAAUAUUUAUUUUUUUCUUUGUUAUUAUCUAGAUGUGAAUAACCUUAAAUCAAAUAGAGAUAUGAUUGACCAAACGACCAAUUAUAAAUUUGUUCAAAGUGAUUUUCCAAAGGCAUAUGUACAUACGUACAGGCAUACGUACACAGGUAUUAGCAUAGGCAUUAUCUAAAUAUUUAUAAAAAUAGUAUUAGAGUUAAUAAUUUUUUAGAUGUGACAGGCACUAAAGAUACGCCCUUCAAUUACAUUACAAGCAUAAAAUCACCAAGCAUAGGAACACAAACUUCAUCUGCAUUGACUGCCAAUAGCCCAAGAAAGGUGAAGAUGCGAUACCAAGUCAGAGGUUUAAAAAGGAAUAUAUUAAAACAAAAAAAGCAAUUUGAGCAGGCUAAAGCGAUUAAACCGAAACUCGAUAGUUUUAUUAAAUUAUGUGACCGCUUUUUAAAUAAAACUUUAUCUGAAAUAAUAAAAGAUCAAGCUAAAUGACAUCAUAAAGUUAUAAACAGUUUGCUUUAGUUUUGUAUUUCUUAGGGCCAAAAGCAUAUAGAUUUCUCGCAAAAAUAUUAAAUUUACCUACUAAACGUACUCUGGAAAAAAUGACACAAAGUAUUGUUUCCAAACCAGGACUAAACGAACAAACAUUCAAUUCUCUUGCUAGUAAAGUUAAAACUAUGUCUUAACUUAAUAAGUAUUGUACCAUAUGUAUUGAUGAAACAUCUUUAAUGUCCUAUCUUUAUUUUAAUUUAGCAAAAGAUGAAAUUGUAGGCUGGGAGGAUAUUGGAAAAAAUGACAAUAAUAAUAUCAUAGCACAAAAUGUUGCUGCUAUUAUGGUUCGCGGACUUUUUCAUAACUGGAAGCAACCACUGGCUUAUUUUUUUGUAAACUCCCAACUUAAAGCUUCAGAUAUUUUAAAAAUAUUAACUGAAUGCGUUAAAAAAUUAUCAGAUGCUGGUUUAUUUAUCCAAGGCUUAAUUACUGAUAUGGGCUCUAAUUUUAUACAGCUUUCUAGAAUGCUAAAGGUUAACGAAGAAAAUCCUGAAUUUUAAUUGGGCGAUUUGAAAUUAGUUUACAUUUUUGACCCUCCACAUUUAUUAAAGGCUACUAAAAAUAAUUUAGCCGAAAAUAAUUUUCAUUUUGACAACAAAAUAAUGUCUUGAAAGUUUGUCGAACAAUUUUAUGAAAAAGAUAGCCAGCAAGUGUAUAGGUGUGCUCCGAAACUUACUAAAUCCCACAUAUAUCCUAAUAACUUUGAAAAGAUGAAGGUAAAACUGUCCACUCAAGUUUUAAGUCAUAGUGUUGCGAGUGGAAUAAAUACAUAUAUGACUUUAGGAGCACUUCCUGUAGAUGCUUUACCUACAAUUGAAAUUAUAGAUAAAUUUAAUACUUUGUUUGAUUUGUUUAAUUCUACAGAUACGUCUCACCCGAAUAAAUUUAAAAAUGCAUAUCAGGAUCUUGAUUAUCAAGUUGAGUUUUUAAAUCACAUGUGGCUAUUUUUGAAAAACCUUGAAAUAUGCAAUAAUAAGGGAAAAAAUUUGACAAAAAAAUGUAAAUUUCGUUCGUGUUGGAUGAUAGCUAUCUAUGGAUUGAAAGUUUUAUGGCAGCGCCUUUCUAAUUGCGGACUUAGCUACCUAAAAACCAGAAAAAUAAAUCAAGACUGUCUUGAAAAUUAUUUCGGAAAUGUAAGGCAACAAGGAGGAAAUUGCGUAUAUUCAACCCCAAUUCAAUUUCAAAGAGCCCAUAAAAAAAUAUUUUGUCAGAAUUUUUUACACUCUGAAUGUAUGAAUUGUGAGGACGAUUUAGGCGUGCUUCUAGCUGAGCUAAAAAACGUUUCAGAUAAAAAUUUAAGAGGAGUGAUGCUUACGCAGUCAUCUCAAAUAUAUAAGGCAAUAACUGUUUCUGAUUGUGAUUAUAGAGAACACAGUUUAACCACACAAAAUGCUUUUAAAUAUAUCUGUGGUUACUUAAUUAAAAAAGCUUUAAAUAUUCAUAAUUGUCCCAUUUGUGUCAGUUUUUCAGAAGAAUCCGGCAACCUUCAUGCUUCAAAUUUAUUAACUAAACUAAAGGCAUAUAGCAACACCGAAACUAAUAUUUUUGGUAGUUUAAAAACACCUAGCGAGAAAUUUGUACGUUUUAUUUAUGAAUUAGAAAAAAAUUUAUUUCAAUGUUUGAUCAAAUAUCUACUAAACGUGGCAUUUCUCAUAAAUAUUUAAAUGUUAUGAGUUUAAUAAAAUUUAAUAAUCCCUGGAAUAAUUUCCCUCGAUUAUAUAUUGUAAAGUUAUUUAUAAGACUAUACUAACAGAGAUUUGAAAUCUUUAAAAAAAUCGGAAAAAACUAAUAAAAAAAUUCGAAUUCUUAACCAUUUAUAAUAAAAUAAAUAUUUAUUAAUAGAUAGUUUUUUUUUAAACUGAACAACUGGUGCAAAAAAAAAUGCGUGUUAAAAAAUCUAUGACCAAUGGUGGAAAUCAUCCGCUACCGGUAAAGGCCUCGCUUUGGCUGGAGCCGCGCCUUUGUACGCCGCUUGGAUUACGAACUUGAAAGGUGCCGACGCAAGCUUUCGCAUCUGGUUUAGGUAAUCUGUGCUUGUACCUUAAAAUCUCGCGUAAUUUUAUCCACCAAGGUGCAAGAGUGCAAAUUUCAAGUUGCAUGUGCUAUCAGGUGCUAUAACCUAAGAUAUUGCUUCGAUAUCUUACCAGUGCUUUGUAAGGGCUUAAAUUCUGAUCCCUGACUUGAUAUGUCCACAGAUCUCUCCCUGUUUUCCUUUUUUUACUGUCCAAUAAUAUUCCGGGAAUAUUUCAAGAACAUUUUCAUUAUGUUACAAGGGUACCAUAAAUAUGAUCUCACUGUAUGCUUCGUCUUGUAUAAAAAUUUUAACGGAAAACCUGGUACAAUUAAGUAGGACUUUUUAUUUAUCUUAUUUAACGAAUAGUUUAUGUGAUAAAAAUCUUAUUUAGAGUAUACGAUAGCUGGUGCCAAAGUACCAAAAUGUGUGCAUUAUUUAUAUUUAUAAGGUGUAUAUAAAUUUAAAAAAAAAACAUCUUAAUUGAUUAUUAUCGAUAUAUUAUAUAAAAUUUUAUAGGUUAUUUUUAACAAUAAUUAUAAUAUAAUGUUUAUUUAUUGAAA